AUGCGUGAGGAAGGGGACUCAGAUUUGUAUGUGACACUCACGUCUGCUUCUAAAAAUCCUUCCACAAAAGCCGCUGGACUCCAGAGUGACCUAAUAUUUGAAGAACUUGGUCGCCGUAUCAAGGAAGUUGGCAGUCAACUUGUCAAAAAGAUGAAUGCUGUCUUCCAGUGGGACAUUGUAUGUGGAGAGACUAUAGUGGCACAGUGGACUCUAGAUCUGAAGACGGGCUCUGGUGAGGUCUACCAAGGAGCAUCUCGCAAGCCUGCCAACACUGUGUUUGUUCUCUCUGACCAUGACUUCAUGGAGCUUGCUCUGGGUAAGAUGAAGCCACAGAAGGCUUUCCUGGUUGGCAAAGUGAAGGUGAAAGGCAAUGUUCUGCUCAGUCAUAAACUGGAAACGCUUCUGAGAGAAUAUGUUAAGCUCUGA